AUGUCCUCCUCUGAUGAGACUUGGAAGACCUCUCGGCUUUCAUCAUCUCCACCUCUUCACCCACCCUCUCUUCCUCUUCGUCCCCAAGCUUCCUCUCAUUUCGUCGGCAAACGUGACGACAUAAUCAGACGCGGCCGCAUUACCACAUUGGUGAAUAAAUGCCGGGACGUCCUAGUGGUGUACCACCAGGGGGAGUUCCACGCCAUGGACAUGCGCUGUUACCAUGCAGGCGGUGCUUUAGAGCAAGGGGACAUUGAGGAGUUUAACGGGCGUGUGUGCAUAGUGUGUCCAUGGCACAAGUACAAGAUCACGCUGACGGAAGGCGAGGGGCUCUAUCAAGCUGUGGACAACCCCACUGUCAAACCUCUGAGAAUUCAUUGGCGUUCAAAGGGUGUCAAACAGAGGGUCCACAAAGUCACCGAAGUGAACGAAAACGUAUACGUCACAUUGAAUGAUUCCAAAGAGCCCAUCGAAUCAGAUUACUACCAGACUGACACGUACAGGACCAACAUGCACAUCAAAAAAGUCCACUGA